AUGAAGAAUGUACUCAAAGCUCAUCAAUUAAUUCAUUUGGAAAUAACACAAUUUAAAUGUGAUUUUAAUAAUUGUAACAAAAGUUUUAACCAAAAAAAAUAUUUAAAUGAACACAAAUCGAGAGUUCAUUUCAAUCGCGGAAAAGAAAUGCACUGUUUUUGGCCUAAAUGUCAAUACAAGACAAAAGAGAAACAUAAUUGUGUUCAUUUGAAUGAAAGGAAAUUUAAAUGUAAUGAAGAAAAUUGUGGCAAAAAAUUUAUUACAAAUCAAAACUUAAUUCGACACAAAAUCAUACAUUCGGGAGAAAAACAUUUUGUUUGCCAUUUCAAUGAUUGUAACAAAAGCUUUAGUGAAAAAUGUCAUCUCAAAGAACACAUGAAAAGACAUUUGAAUAUAAAAAGCCAUAAAUAUAACUCGGAA